AUGUCUGACCUAAUACCUUCAACACCAGUUAAUCCCUCAAAUUUAACCCAAAAUGAUAUAAUAAAGACUAAACUCAGUAAGACAAACAAAAUAAAAGACAAAAAUUCGCUAGAGUAUGUCUAUAAAACUGCUAUAGCUGGUGGAAUAUCUGGUUCCUGUGCCAAAACCAUUAUAGCUCCUUUAGAUCGUGUCAAAAUUUUAUUCCAGACUGCAAACCCUGAAUAUAAACAGUUUUCUGGCUCUUUUUUCGGUUUAUUUAAAGCUUCAAAUAAAAUCUACUUUAACGAUGGCCUCAUAGGCUUCUUUCAGGGCCAUUCUGCCACUUUAUUAAGAAUCUUUCCCUAUGCUGCCAUUAAAUGGGUUUUUUACGAACAAAUUAGAAAUAUCCUUAUUCCAAAUGAUAACUACGAAACAAACAUUAGAAGAUUACUAAGUGGCUCUCUAAGUGGAAUGAUAAGUGUUUUUGCUACUUAUCCUUUGGAUUUAUUAAGAGUCCGUUUGGCCUUUGAAACAAAAAAAAUUCAUUACAAUCCUUCUCAAAAUCAAAUCGACCCCAUAAAUCAAUUAAAUCAGAUCGGCUUCAAAAAUAACCACAGAUUAAUUUCAACAGUAAAACUAAUCCUAAAAGAACACCCUCCUCUAGCCACAUCUCACAAUCCCUUUUUAAAAUUAUUCAAUGUCAUUUUACCAAAUCAAUUGGCUUGCUUGUCAAAUUUUUACAGAGGUUUUACCCCAACUAUUCUUGGUAUGAUUCCCUACGCUGGUGUGUCUUUCUGGACUUAUGAUUUAUGCCAUGACAUCUUUAGAUCCCAUCUUUUUGCUCCUUAUACUGUUCAAAAUCCCGUCAUGAAGAAUAUAGAAAACAAAAUCGAAGAAGAAAAACUAAUCUAUCCCCAUUAUGAAAAGAAACCCUUGAAAAGUUGGGCUCAAUUGUUAGCAGGUGGGUUGGCUGGUUUGGCUUCUCAAACCGCUGCUUAUCCUCUAGAAGUUAUCAGAAGAAGAAUGCAAGUAGGUGCCAUAACUACUUCAAAUGGUGAGUUCAUGACCAUAAAGCAAACUGCUAAAUUAAUAUGGCACGGAUCUGGUAUAAAAGGCUUCUAUGUCGGUUUAUCCAUUGGUUAUCUAAAAGUAACUCCCAUGGUUGCCUGUUCUUUCUUAGUAUAUGAAAAGUGUAAAAUGUUUUUUGGUCUUUAA